AUGAAGCCAACACACACCAUGGUCAACUGCUGGUUCUGCAAUCAGGACACGCUGGUGCCCUAUGGGAACCGCAACUGCUGGGACUGUCCCCACUGUGAGCAGUACAACGGCUUCCAGGAGAAUGGCGACUACAACAAACCAAUCCCUGCCCAGUACAUGGAGCACCUGAACCACGUGGUGAGCAGCGCACCCAGCCUCCGCGACCCCACGCAGCCACAGCAGUGGGUGAGCAGCCAGGUCCUGCUCUGCAAGAGGUGCAACCACCAUCAGACCACCAAGAUCAAGCAGCUGGCUGCCUUUGCUCCUCGUGAAGAGGGCAGGUACGACGAGGAGGUGGAGGUGUACCGGCACCACCUGGAGCAGAUGUACAAGCUGUGCCGGCCGUGCCAGGCAGCCGUCGAGUACUACCUCAGGCACCAGAACCGCCAGCUGCGUGCCCUUUUGCUCAGCCACCAGUUUAGGCGCCGGGAGGCCGACCAGACCUAUGUGCAGAGUUUCUGCUCCUCGGCAUUGAAGGCUCCAAUCCAGGUCAUCCUGCUCCGUGCCCUUGCCUUCCUGACCUGCGCCUUCCUGCUGACCACUACCCUCUAUGGCACCAGCAACCCCUUUGCCCCAGAGGCCACCCUGCCCCUGGCCCUGCCACCUGGCGGCAAUGGCUCAGCUGCACCUGACAAUGGCACUGCUCCUGGAGUCGAGGGCUGGCGGCAGCUGCUGGGCCUGCUGCCUGAGCACACUGCGGAGAAGUUGCGUGAGGCCUGGGCCUUCGGGCAGAGCCACCAGAUGGGCGUUGUGGGGCUAGGCCUGCUCACCUGCCUUCUGGCUAUGCUGCUGGCUGGCCGUAUCAGGCUCCGGAGGAUCGACGCCUUCUGCACCUGCCUGUGGGCCCUGCUGCUGGGGCUGCAUCUGGCCGAGCAGCACCUGCAGGCUGCCUCGCCCAGCUGGCUGGACACGCUCAAGUUCAGCACCACGUCCCUCUGCUGCCUGGUGGGCUUCACGGCAGCUGUGGCCACAAGGAAGGCGAUGGGCCCACGGAGGUUCCGGCCCCGAAGGUACUUCCCCGGAGACUCUGCCGGCCUCUUCCCCACCAGCCCCAGCCUGGCCAUCCCUUGCCCGAGUGUCGGAGGCACCUCGCCAUCUCUGUUCCUCCCCAGCCCACCUGGCUUCCUGCCCCUCACCAACCAGCAGCUGUUCCGCUCUCCCCGACGGGCCUCACCCUCCUCGCUGCCAGGCCGCCUCAACCGGGCCCUCUCGCUGGGAACCAUACCCUCUCUGACUCGAGCAGACUCAGGCUAUCUGUUCAGCGGGAGCCGCCCUCCAUCUCAGGUGUCACGGGCUGGGGAGUUUCCUGUUUCAGAUUACUUCUCUCUGCUGUCGGGAAGCUGCCCCUCCUCCCCGCUCCCCUCCCCGGCACCCUCGGUGGCUGGCUCCAUGGCCUCCAGCUCCCGCUCGCUGCGCCAUCGCAGGCCCCUCAUCAGCCCCGCCCGGCUCAACCUGCAGGGGCAGAAGCUGCUGCUGUUCCCAUUGCGCCCCGGAGAGGCCCCCACCACCCCAAGCAGCUCAGAUGAGCACUCACCCCACAACGGCAGCCUCUUCGCCAUGGAGCCACCCCAGCUGCCCCGGCGGCAGCAGGAUGUGAAGCACACCCGUGACACAAGGUCGAAGCUGGAAAGAGGCCGCGCCUGUGGUGGCCACUCCAUCAAGAAAGAGGAUGACUCAUCCCAGUCAUCCACCUGUGUGGUGGACACCACGACCAGGGGCUGCUCAGAGGAGGCCGCCACCUGGAGAGGUUGUGUCGGCCCCUCCUUGGUCCGGGGCCUUCUGGCUGUGAGCUUGGCAGCCAACGCCCUCUUCACUUCGGCCUUCCUGUACCAGAGCCUGCGCUGACCUGCUGCGGAGAACCACCCAGGGGUGGGGGGUGUUGAGGGGAGAGUGCCCGGUGCCUGCCGCUUCCACCACUGCCGGCCCCAGAGCCCUCCCCUGGAGGGGCGCCAUCUCCAAGGCCCUUGACCUCGUGGACUGUGAGCGCCUGUCCUCAGAACGUCUGCCCCUCUCACCAGACAGACUGCGGGCUGAGCGUGUUUCUGGGGUCACACACUCACCCGCCCGUGCCUGGCUGACAUCGAUUGUGUUUGGUGCUGACACUGAUUCCGAUGCCAGGGAUCCCUAGGGACUGCAUGACCCUGGGUCCCCCUGCCACUCAGCCUGCCUGGCGGGAAUGCCAGUACUACUGUAACUGCAGCACGAGUGGCCCAGCUUGCCUCUUGAACCCGAGCCCACCUUCGUACUGUACUCCUGUCCCACCGGGGGUCACCUCAGAGCCCCGUUAAGCUGAAGGCCCCCUGGGGGUGGAGGGAGGAUGGUCCCUGGUGACCAAGCACUCCCCUGGUGGAGAGAAACCUCCCUGGUGGCCCCCGAGGAUGGGCAUCAUCUUGCCCUUCUUGUGGAGUGGGCACCUGGGGGUUUCAGGCCCAGUAUGAACACUGGCCCUCCCUCUCUUCCGCGGGUGCGCCCCUCCCGAGAAAGCAGCCCUGUUUCUCCAGGCCUGUGCUUCCUGGUUCCUCUAUUCCACGGGCAGCGUGACCCGCUCACCUCUCCUGAGGCUGGACCCCUUCCUCGCCCGCAGGGUACCCGGCUC